AUGUUACGUUGUAUUCAGGUCACGACCCAGGUGUUCCUCCGCGAACCGGUCCCGGAAGACUUCAUCCGGUUUUCCACGUACACCAGCCGCGUGAAGACGUUCUUCUGGGAGAGCGACAUGCCAUCCUUACCCUGCUUCCUCAUAUCCCCUGAUGUGUGGACCACCCUGCUGAACAUCGGCCCAAAGCCUCUCCUUCCCAAUGUGCGGAUCGUACACCAUCAAGAGGCAGAAUACGUAAAUCUGGAGGAGCGCGACUACACACGAGGCCCGUUUUACCCUGCCGAGCUCCUUCUAGGGCCGAGAUUGGAAGAGGUACAUAUCGACUACGGCGGUUGGCCCUCCGAUCAACAGCGUCCAACCGAGCUCGCCAGAGCCAUAUCCCGCUUUGCUCCACGAGUAACGAACUUCCACGUCUUCGCCGAGGUGCGCGGUAUUAGCACCCGAAUCUCCGAGUACAGAAAGACUGCAUUUCUAUCCUGCCCCGACAUCGGGAAGCUGCAGGGCUUGGUCGAGUUCGAUGCCUACAGCGUCAACGUCAUGUCUGCCGCUCUAGCGGCGCUCGGAGCUCUGCCCAGGCUGCAAGAGAUGCUGCUCCGCGUACAAUCCACGGCGUACGACUGGGAUAUACUGCCGCACGGCAAGCGUGGGCGUUUCUUCCCCGCCCUUACGAAGCUCAAGCUAUACGAGACUGCCGGCGAAUGGUGCACCGCGUUCAUACAUGCCGUGACUUCGACCUCGAUCUGGAAGCUCGAGCUCGACUACCUGCACGAAGGUGGCGUCAUGGAUCCUACAUUGGUCGAAGCUCUCUGCACUUCCAUUGGCACUCAUUCAUCCGCCGGCACGCUUGAGGUGCUCAUUCUCCGCACUGGGGGCGUCCUGCAGCGUGAAGAACAGCCAGUGGUUUACCAAUCGCAGCAACUCGCACCCCUCCUCUCUUUACCCGCACUUCGCCACCUCUCCGUAGAUGGAAAUUGCCAAAUCAUCGCGGACGAUGCUUUUCUCGACGCUAUGACACGGGCGUGGCCCAAUCUUGAGAGCCUGCAUUUCAGGUGGCCCCACCAGUCGCAGCCCGCGUUGCGAGAGCCCGGGGACGAGAACUACCCUAAGGCCACACUCUUCGGGCUCCUCCUCUUCGCGCACCAUCUCCCGGCCUUAUGCUCUCUUGAACUAGCCAUCGACAUGCGCGAAGUCCCCAAUCUUGGGCAGGCGUUCCCGCCCGUUUCUCUCCGAGGGUCCGGCGCGUCUACUCUAGAGGAAUUCUGGGUGUCAGGCUCGGUUUUAGGGCCGAACCUCGACCUCCCGGCUCUCGUCAGUUUUUUCUCGGCGGUGUUUCCGAGCUUGCGCUACUUCCGUCACUCAGACAUGAUACUUUACGGGCUGAUGGAGAUGCACAAGCAUUUCGUGGCGAUACGGCGGCAGGAGAGAAAAUGGGCACUCGCGAACGUGAGCGUUUUCGAGCGUGAGGACUCGAAUCCUGGGGCUGAGACCGAAGAGCUGUAG